AUGAGGAUCAACCUGCAGACACUACUUUUCCUGCUGCUGGCAAUCACCGCCACGAUGGGUGGGUUUAAGAAGAAAACCCGCGCCAAGGAUAAUCGAUAUUGCACCUCAACGAUAUGCCACACCGAGAACAUAGCCUGCCACAACAACGGCAGCCUCCACGAUUGCCAUCACAGUGCGAAAUAUGUAGAAAUGAAAAAGUACAAGAAAGACCUCGACUCGAUGUUCAAUACGGUGCGGAGUAAGGUGGCCAGAGGGGGCUAUAGGAAUCUCCCGGUGGCCGGUCGCAUGGCCCGAAUGGAGUGGUCCGAAGAGUUGGCCUGGUUCGCCAAACUCCAGAUAAGCCGCUGUCGUCUACGCAACGCCUUUUGCAUGAAUUCCCCGUACUUUUACUACAUUGGCAGCAUGGCCGAUGAGUUGAUAAGGCCUUCUGGCAAUAUACAAACCAGCGAGUUGGCCAUCAUGAAGGCCAUGGUCGAGGACUGGUUCAGCCAGCUGCCCGGCAUACCCCGAUCCGACACUCUCCGCUUGCCCAGUUUCUACAAGAGAGCUUCCACAUUCCGCAGCACUUUGCUGAUCAACGAGAAGAACUCAAACUUUGGCUGUGCCGCUCUGACCUUCCAGUACACGGGCUAUAGGUAUUUCCUCUUCAGCUGCGCCUUUGCCACCAUAAAUAUACCCGAACAGCCCAUCUACAAGUGGAGCACAAGGCCCGGCAGGGAUUGCUAUAUGCCGGACAAACAGUACCCGAACCUGUGUGAUCGACGAGAGCGAUACGGCAAUGAUUUGCCUCUUACAAAUCUAUCAGCGCACAUAGAACCCAUUUAUACGUGAUGGAAAUAAUGUUAGAAACUAAGAGCUAGAAUAAAUACCAAAUAAAUAAAUAAAUAAGGUACAUCGUAUGGAAUGAGA